GACAAAAUAAUAUCAACAAAAAGUAUUUUCUUCCACGAUCUUGUCUACAUCAAUGACUGAUUAAAAUCAGCACUCUCUGGUAAAAAACAACCAUGUUAUUCCUCCGCACUUCUUCGGCAGCCAUUGUGCUCUGCAGAGUCUCCAGGACCUGUGUGCUACUGCCUAAUGCCAGACGCCUCAGUUCAAAAGAGACACAGCAGGCUAUCGCUAAGGAACUGGCUGCCAUGGAGAAAAGGGCAUCACUACAGGCAAGCAACUCUUUGAAAAGGAAACGCAAACCUACCGAUCCAAAGGUCUUGUAUUCAAACUUUGGACACCAAAGACGAAGAGAUAGCAAGACACAGAUUAUAUGUCUUUUUUCUCUAGGAUGUGCAGUUAUAUAUUAUAUGUUUUUCAAUGGACCUGACGAAGUAAAAGAUUGGGUUGACUCCAAGAUAUCAAGUAAGGCUAAAGAGGUGGAGGGAGAACAACCACAGGUGGUCGAACAGCCUGAGGGAGAGGAGGAGGAGGGAGAUAAGAAGAAAAAGAAAAAGAAAGUUGGAUUUAGAGACCGAAAA